GUGUGGUGAGAACGAAAACGGGUGAGCUUUAAAGCUUAUCUUGUUUUCAAUUUGACGGUUGAAAAUGGCGCCUAGAUUUUGGAUCUACGGUUUCAACCCUUUUGAAAUAGACGGCAAUGGAGAUUUGCAAGAAUUAGAUCUCAGUAAAUUUGUCAAAGAUACCCAGGGUGAGAUUAUAAUCGAACUUACUGCUACUCAUGCUUUGGUUGCAACCGGAAGUUCGCUUUUAUCAUACUCCUGCAUUACGGAAACAUCGCACACCGUCGACUGUGGCAGUCGAAUUGCUCAUCUUUCGGCAAACAACUGGUACUGUUUGAUCCUUUUGAAGAAUGGCCACCUUCUGAAGUAUGAUAUCUAUUCGCAACAAACGAAAAAACUUGAUUUUCUGUCGGUUGAAAAUUCACCGGAAUCUGAAAGCGUGGAGUCAAUUUCUCACAUCGCAUGUGGUGAUAAGGUAUCGAUUGCAGUUACUAGCCCAGGGAAAUAUGUAUUCAACAUUCCCAACAAGACGUUUACUUUUCCGAAGCAUGUUCGCAUCCGAAAAGUAGUUGUGGGACUGGAGCAUUGCUUGCUGUUGACCGGAAAUGGCGACGUGUACAGUUGGGGCUGUGGAUUACGCGGUCAGUUGGGCAACGGUGCGAUAACUCCCCAUAAGGAGCAACCGCAGCUGGUAGAAGCCCUGGCGGGAGUCAAAAUCGUGGAUAUCGCAGCCGGCGGUUGGCAUUCGGCGGCCGUGUCCUCGUUUGGAGAUCUGUACUGCUGGGGAUGGAACAGCAAAGGGCAGUUGGGACUGAUGGACGAGAAACAAGUCAGGGGAACUGUGUUUGCGCUACCUCAGGUGAUUGAAGUUUCGGAACAGGAAGACGAUCAGUCGCAAGAAAUCUCCAUAGAAAAUGUUCAUUGUGGGAAUUGCCAUACCGUGGUGAUAAGUUCCAAAGGAGAAUUGUAUUUUGCUGGAAAUGAUCUUCGGAAAAAGCUAGAUUAUGUUAACGUUGAGCGAAAUCCGAACCUGAGUGGGUUUAAAAAGUUUGAAAGCUUUCCGAAAGUCGAUGGUUUGAAGCUUUUGAAAAGUGGAGCGAAUUCGCUCGUUUUUGUGAGCGAAUGUGGUGAUGGCGAAAUGUCGCCAUGAAGGAUAAAUUAAACUAAGAAGUUACGCUAUUGUACGAUAGGUGGCUAUU